CGUAAUGGCCACAGGAGGUGACAAUGGAAGCAUGUGGUUUUGGGAUUGGAGAAGUGGUCACAAUUUCCAGCAAUCUCAAACUAUUGUUCAACCUGGAUCACUGGACAGUGAAGCAGGCAUCUACGCGCUCACCUACGAUAUGACUGGCUCAAGGCUGAUCAGUUGUGAAGCUGAUAAGACAAUCAAGAUGUGGAAAGAAGAUGAAACUGCCACACCAGAAACUCAUCCUCUUCAUUUUAAGCCUCCAAAAGACAUUAGGCGUUUCUAGUUACAAUCGCAGUUCAGAAAGCGU